UUCGAACAAUAUUAUAUGAGGUUAUGUCGUCCAUUUGAUUUCAUGUCCUUUAAUGUGUAGUUACGUUCAUUUCUUUUGAAGUUUUUCGUCUUCUUUAUACGUCAAAAUGACUCGCAAGCGCCGUAAUGGAGGACGGUCUAAACACGGCCGUGGACAUGUUAAGCCUGUACGUUGUACCAACUGUGCUCGCUGUGUGCCUAAAGACAAGGCUAUUAAGAAGUUUGUUAUUCGUAACAUUGUUGAAGCUGCCGCUGUUCGUGAUAUAACUGAUGCCAGUGUAUAUACUUCAUACCAAUUACCAAAAUUGUAUGCAAAAUUGCACUACUGUGUUUCUUGUGCCAUCCAUUCCAAAGUGGUCAGAAACAGAUCCAAGGCUGAUCGACGCAUUAGAACACCACCAAGCCGUAACUUCCCACGUGGGGACAACAAUCGUCAAGGAGGACAACCUCAAAGGAAAACGUAAUUCCUGAUGUAUUUGGAGUUAUAAAAUUAUAUUAUACCUUUACUUAAGAUAUAAAAAUA